AGCAUUGCUGCAAUUGUUGAUUUUAACAUCUUCUAUUUAGUCCUCACCUACCACUGAAACUAAUCAUUUGAUAGAAUCCCAUUAUAAAAACAAUCGCACAGACCUCUUGUCUUUCCGUUCAUACAUCAAUCAACAAAUCCACCACUACUACCAGCAAUAUGGUGGCUGAGAGAGAGCAAGACAUACUGUCUUCACGCAUACCAAUAAUUGACGUAAGCAAUCCUGAUCAAGGGCUAGUGGCGCGUGCGGUGGUGAAGGCGAGCGAAGAGUGGGGUGUUUUUCAGCUGGUAAAUCAUGGGAUCCCCACGGAGCUGAUUCAACGUUUACAGAAUGUUGGAAGGCGAUUCUUCGAGCUCUCUGAAACAGAAAAGAAAGCCGUGGCCAAACCAGAUAACUCCCGUGAAGGAUACGCAAGGAGGUACACAUUAGACCUAGAAAAGAAAAUAGGUACGGUUGAUCAACUCUACCACAAUAUCUGGCCACCUUCAGUCGUCAAUCACUCAUACUGGCCUAAGAAUCCCCAAGACUACAGGGAAGUGAACGAGGAGUACACAAGGCAGGUAAAGAUACUAUCAGAGAAGAUUAUGGAGUGGUUGUCAGAGGGGUUAGGCUUACGUCGUGAGGCUAUUAACGAAGUUGUCGGUGGUGAGUAUCUGCUGAACGUCAACUACUAUCCACCGUGUCCACAUCCGGAUUUGAUCGAGGGAUUGGAUGCACACACCGAUGUUAGUGGACUCACACUCCUCCUAACCAAUGAGAUUCCGGGACUUCAAGUGUUCAAGGACGAUCAAUGGAUCGAGGUGGAGUAUAUCCCAUUUGCUGUUAUAGUCAACAUCAGCGAUCAGAUCCUUAGGGUUAGCAACGGAAAGUACAAGAGCGUGUUGCAUAAAACCACCGUGGAUAAGGAGAGAACAAGAAUGUCUUGGGCGGUUCUUGUUAGGCCUACCAGUGAUAUGGUCGUGGGACCUUUUCCCGAGCUUAUCGGCGACGAUCCUCCCAAGUUUAAGUCCAUGCUCUACAAGGACUACAUAUACCGCAAGGUCCGAAACUUACCGUUCGUUGACCUCGACUCAUGAUUAAAGUCAAAAAUCCUGUGAACUAUACUUUUGUCCUUUUCUAAUAACUUUGUGUUUUUCUUAUACGUUGGUCGUUGUAGUUGGUGCGGUAUGGUGUUUUAUGGUUUUUAGUGCUUAUUGUUUCUCAAUUUGUA